UAAAUCAAGCUAAACUUCUCACUUAUAUGAAAGUUGCAUCAAAUUAUAUUAUAUUGAAAUCGAUAUGUGAACAAGAAUACACAAGUUUGCAGAAAAACAUUAGCCUUUGCUAGGUAGAUUAAGCAAAAAGAAUUACUGAUGGGCAGAAUUUUAUUUUAUAUUAUGAUUCCGGAAAUACCACACCGAUAGAUCUAUCCUGUAGUUUAACCUAGAAAAGAAUUAGAUAGUUAUGAAAUAUAAUGACUACUAUGAUUCACGGAUGGGUUACUCACCUGGAUUGGGAAAACCGGACCACAUUGAUUGCUCAUAACAAUGAAUCGAAAAUAUCUAUGUUUACCAAAAUAGAGUACCAGGAGUGCAUACAACACAAAAUAACUUUUCUGGCUUGGAACGCAUAUUAACGAAACAAUCGCCUGUGUGGUAAAGAUCAAUUUAUACAUUAAAAUCAUUGAAGCCAAAACGUGUUUACAUUCAUGUCGUAUUAUUAUUGUUCAACUUUGACAUUUGAACCAAAUGUUGUUUACCUGUUACAUGAAACAGGAUUUAACUAAAUUUGAAGUUUGUUACUUAAAGUAUUGAUGACAGAGAUGACGAAUGUGAGAUAUUUCGCCGUUUAUUCAUCGAUGGUAUGUAUCGUUUUUUGUGUCGGACUUGAAAAGGUAGAUAAUAGUUUACCAACUGUGAAAAAAGAAGACCAGACAGCAUACAUGAAUUGUUCUGUCAUAAAUUUACAUAAUAAAGAACAGUCACAAUGGAAUACAAAGACCCACUCAACUGAUGAUCCGUCAUAUAUUUCAUCGGAUGGCAUUGUUCGAUUUGAUCUAUUUGUUGAAGAGAGAAGCACAUAUAGUGUAGUGAAAUACAGAAGAAACAACCGUCAAACGUACCAACUGAUGAUAGAGUCACUUACAGAGAUUGAAGCAGGGAACUACACAUGUCAGAUAUAUCUUCCAAAUCACAACUACGAGGAAUUAACUAGAAUGUUAAAUAGUGUAACUGUACAAAUUGCUCCGUACAUAACAACUGCUAGUGCUGCAACUAUUACUGUACAGGAAGGAGAAAACGUCACACUAGUUUGCGAAGCUUAUGGUUAUCCAUUACCAAAUAUCACAUGGAAAAGAGAAGACGGAUCCCCGCUCCAUCAUGGUGGACUACAGCUUAUAAAUGGACUAUACAGAAUUAACAAUGUCAAUGCCACAGAUCGUGGAUUAUUCAUAUGUUCUGCUGAUAACAAUGUAAAGCCACAUGCAUCAUACUCAGUACAGCUUAAAGUCUUAUGUGCUCCUUAUUGUACAGCUAUCCAGGAUACAGUCGGACAAGAACCAGAUCGAAUGUAUCAUGCCAUAUUAGAAUGCCUAGUAUUUGCUCAGCCCAGAGCAGAAGUUAUAUGGUAUAAAGAAAACAGAACAUCAUUAAUUAAUGAACAAAUUCUGGAUAAUGAUAAAUACACGCUAGAACAACAAUAUGAUGAGAGGUUGAGAGAUGACGAGAAAUGGUACACAUUAAAAAUAAACAAUGUAGUAAGAAGCGAUUAUAGAGACUAUUACUGUACAGCUCUGAAUAAACUUGGAAAGAAUCAAGCUAAAUUUACACUUUUUGAACCAUUUGUAUACUAUUAUAAUUUAAAUUAUAAUACAAUCGGGAAAGCACCAUCAACCCAUCAAGUGUCAGUAGUAACAUAUAUGUUUGGAUUCCUUGUCAGCUUUAUACUUUUAUGAAGUACUGUUAAAGUUGAAUUUUUCGACUGAAAGAAAACGUUGCUGAUCCAUGGUUUACAACUAGGGUGUCGUGAAUAUAGGCCAAGAUACUUUUUAUCAUUUUCUUAUGUAAUUGUUUCCCGUACUUUCGCGCACACUAUUGUUAAUGUAACGUAACGUUAUUGUUACGUAUAUCUUUCAUAUUACGAUCAUAAAGAAUGUAAACUAGCAAGACGUUAUUUUUCCUCCACAACAAAAGUGAAUAACCCUCAAGAUAUAGGGAAUGAAGUUUAUACUAAGAUAAGACUCAAUAUUAACAAUUUAUUGACCUUUUCAUUGUUUUUCAUGUUUUGUUUAAUUAUAUUUUCAACACGUGUUUUGAUACAUAUGUAUACAAUACAUCCCCUUGAUAACUACACAAAGAAAUGCCUUAAAAAAUGUAUGGCUUUCAUUCAUUUGAUUUAUUGUAUUUUCAAAUUUAAAUUAAUUCAUUCAGGUUCCCUUUUCAGUCUUGUUAAUCAAAUAAUAUCCUAUAUAUUGAAAUGUAUUUCCCCAAUAAAGUAUGAAAAUAUCUAGUAUGCAAUUUAUGAGAGGUACUGUGACUUACAAGCCAUACUAUACUAUUAGACUACUGAAUGUUACAUACUAUCUCGUAGACACACUUUUAUAACUCACACAGAGAUUUGUGUUCGUAACAGCCGACAAAGCAGCCAACAGUGUGAUAUUGGUAAGACAGCAAUUAUAUACGGAUGGGUUUCUGCGUCUACAUUCAGGUCCGUGUGCUCUACAGAAAGUCAGGAGAAACCAGUCAAGGCAUACUGCUCUAUAAACGUUUUUAAUAUUCUAUGAACAUCUGAUUAUGUUAUCAAGAAAUUAAUCAUCCUAUGUUCGUAUAUUAUAAGGUUUUUUGUGACUGGUUAGUUGCGUUUUGUUAUACUUUAAUCAAAUGAAUAAUAGCCCAUUUGGCAUUGUAUGAGUUGAAGUUGUUUUGUACAAAUUUGAUAAGCAGCUUUUACUGUUUUUUAAGUUUUGCUAACAUUUAAAUUUUCAUUUAUUAUGAUUUUAGUUUAUUAUGAACUUGUCGUCUCACUUUAUUGGUUAGUUAUUGCACACAGCCAAUGACGUCACUGUGUACAUUCCAUUGUUAAUCGUAUUUGACUACGUCAUUACUUCACAUGAUGUUUGUGUCUGAUGUAUGCCGAGGUGCAAAUAAUACAUGAACUUCUAUCGUUUCGGUUAGCUUUUUUUCCACCAUUCCCCCGCCAUCCUUGUUUUUAGUGUCAUUUUUGAUUUUCAUUCAUAAAAUUUGUUUCUUUUAAAUCUAUUAUGUGUUUUUAAUUAGAUUGAAAUUUAUGUUAUGCUUGAUUAUUUCUUUUUCGAUUAAGAAUUUUUAUUUCUUUGUACUUAUAUGGCAUAAAUUAUACUGACCAUUGACCUCACAGUUUUGAUACAAUACUGAAGUAAGGUAGAAAUACCUCAUUGUUAAAAGAUAUUGAUGUAUGCUCUAAGUCUCUGAUUUUCACACCAUAUUGACUGACGUAUGUUCCUUAGUACAUUUUUGACGACAUACAGACCUAUCACCAGCUUGCCUCAUUUGUUUAUACAUUGCUUCUGUUGGUUUUUUUUUACCUUUUAACUUAUUAUAUUUUGUUUGUUAAGAUCUUAUUUUUUUCAUUAUUUGAUGAAUGGCUUCGAUUCAAAAGUUUAAGUCCAUCUAUAAAACAUUUUUUCAAGAUUUGGUUAUAGAGUUAUCUCCCUUUGCGAUUGGAGGUAAGAAGAAUAUACAUGAUUGGUUUUAACUGUGUACUUGUAUAAGUAAGUCCCUAAUUGCUAUAUUGUAAAAAAUAAAAUAUUUGUAUACUAUUUAUUAAACAAUAGUUUAGUA